GAAACGCAAAGCGGCUUUUCAACUUCACAUGGAAACAUCGGACUUUUUGUUUACGACUGAUAAUUUGACAGUCGUCGUGUGAAAUUUUAACGAAAUCUCGCGAGAUAUGGGAGACAAGUCGCUUAAGGAGCAGUCCUUAGAAAACACAGAUAUCAACCAGGAUGAGUUGAUACUUCAACAACAGAGGCGUAUCGAAAAGGAGAUCUCAGAAUCCAUAGCUUUAGUUGGCGAGAAAGAAUCCUUGAAGAGCUUAGAACAAGAGUAUGCGAAAGAUGAUGUAUAUCUUUCGAAAGCAAAAGUCUUGGCUCAAAAAUAUUCUUACAUUAGGAGAACUAGACCUGAUGGCAAUUGCUUCUUCAGGGCAUUUAGUUAUGCUUAUUUGGAAAAAUUAAUCGGAAAUAAGGAGGAGUAUGAUAAAUUUCGAGAUCUAGCAUUAAAGAGCAAGGAUAAUCUUGUAGCUCUAGGAUUUCCCCAAUUUACAGUUGAAGACUUUCAUGAUACGUUUAUGGAAGUCAUUGACAAAGUAGGUGGUGACGCAGAGUCCAGUUACAUGGAAUUACAUAAAUUGUUCAAUGAACAGGGUUAUUCUGAUUACGUAGUUGUCUAUCUUAGAUUAAUUACAUCUGGCCAGCUGCAACGUGAUGCAGACUUCUAUCAACACUUCAUCGAGGGAGAUCGCACUAUCACAGAAUUUUGCCACCAAGAAGUUGAACCAAUGUAUAAAGAAUCUGAUCACAUUCAUAUUAUAGCAAUGAGUAGUGCUUUAGGAACCGGUGUUAGAGUUCGUUACAUGGACAGAGGUGCAGGAACUGAAGUAACUGCCCACGAUUUUCCUGAAGGUGCCAUACCAGCUGUGCACUUAUUAUAUCGCCCCGGUCAUUAUGAUAUUCUCUAUCCUUGAUGAAUUUGGCAUUAUGCAAAUUUUUCUAAUAUUACAUAUAUGAUUUUUGAUGACCAAAUCUAAUACUUAAAAUUUUAUUUUUAAAAACAUCUUUAAUUAUAACGCAUAAUGCAGUAUGAUACAUCGCCUUUAAUUUAAUAAGAGAGAAAUAAUUUUAUUUUGUGUGCACACAUUGCAUGCAUUGUGUAUAUUUGUUUCAAAAUUUAAAUGUAUUUUUAUGAAUUCAUUAUUACA